AUGGAGUUCACGCCGUCGACGAGCAGUGCCAGCCAUGUCUGGGUGGUGCCGACGCCUGUCGUCUCCGAGAGGGCAGCCCCGCCAGUCCAGCCAGUCCCAAGCAACUCGACGAUCAAACCGACCUGGAGGCUGUACGCCAACGUGCUGGUGGCGACACUGCAGCCCUUCCAGUAUGGUUGGUCCACUUCACAGAUGAACAACUCGAUCUUCAACAACGAAGCGGACUGCAACGCAAGACCCAUCGCGCCCGGAACCUGCCUCAUGUUCCCCGGCCACACCAAGACGCAGUGGACAAUCGCCGUCAGUUCCUGGAUCGUCGGCGGUAUGCUCGGCAGUCUCGUUACGGGCCGUAUCUCCAACAAGUUCGGUCGAAAACCCACCAUGAUGGCCAACUGCCUCUUCAUGAUGGCAGGAGCUCUCAUCCAGGCCAGCGCAGACGACAUUUGGAUCUUCAUUGUUGGCCGCGUGUUCGCAGGUAUUGCUGCCGGAGCCUCGACCGCCGUGAUCCCCGGAUUCAUUGGUGAGAUCUCUCCGCCGCACCUCCGCAGCAAAUUAGGAGUGUGUUUCCAGAUCUCCAUCACUCUCGGUCACCUGUUCGUUGCGAUCACGUUUUUCUUUGCCAGCACAAGCACUGGGUGGAGAUUUAUUGCGGCGUUCCCCACCGUCUUGGCGUUCCUGUUUCUGGUGCUUGCCCCUUUCGUGCUCGUGGAAAGCCCCUCGUGGCUGAUAACGAUGAACCAGCAACUCAUGGCCGAGCGCGAGCUGGCGCGCUUGUACGGCACCGAGAAUGUCUUCCUUGCCAAGACGUGGAUUAAAACCCAGGAGGAGCCGGCUCCACGAACGGGCCCCGGGAGUGAGUACGUCGCGCAGGACAUGAGAAUGUCCAUGGCUCUGAUGGCGCCCGAUCCGCCCAAGGCCCGCAGCUUCGCCCAGCCUGAGCCUCGGGGUUUCGCCCAGCUCUUCUCCUCAAUGCUCAUCCGGCAGCUACUGACGGCCAUCGGUGUGGCUGGAGCCCAGCAACUCACGGGUGUCAACGCCGUCUUCUUCUACUCGUCCAGCCUCUUCAAGCAAGCCGGACUCACGGACGGCCGCAUCGGUGUCUUGAUGGUCAACUUCGUCAACGUGCUGCCGACUCUGUUCUGCGGCAUGUUAUCGGCCAAGCUGGGCAACCGCAAACUCGUCUUGAUCGGCUUUGCCGGCAUGUUCCUCAGCGCGGUGGGCAUCACGGUGUCGCUUACUGCCAGUUUGCCGGCGCUGGCCAUUGUGUUCACAGCACUGUACGUGACCACGUUUGGAUCCAGUCUCGGGCCGCUCGCGUGGGGAAUCAUGGCCGACUUGUUCCCGGACGACGUUCGAGCCAUGGGCUGCUCGAUUUGCGUGGGUGCCAGUUGGCUGUGCAGUCUGUCGAUUGGUCUGGGCUACCCGUACAUCGCUGCUGCCUUCAACAACUACAGCUUCGUGCCCUUCAUGUGCACAGUCACGUUGGCCUUCCUCUUCGUGCACUCGUUCGUGCCGGAGACGUAUGGCAAGACCAUCCAGGAGAUCCAGGACGAGUUCGAAGUGCGGCGACUCAAGAAGACCGCCGAUAAGGACUGGCGGCUGUCGCGCAACAGUCAAAUUGCAGUACUCGGGUAA